GUGCGAGGGGGGCGACGUAAGGGCGCUCCGCGAGCCCGUCUCCUCGAAUGAAAGGAAACAACCUCCGGCGACAGAGCCCCGCUCUCAGGCGCUGCCGGAGAACCGAGACCGACUUCUUUCUCUUUCCCCUCAUUGGCGCUUCUCCCCUGCCGUUCGUCUCUGGGCUUCGCCGCAUUUCUUGAGGCUUAAAGUGGCAUUCUAAAGGCAAUUUAAAAAUCAUGUCGAGCUCAGUUGAACAGAAAAAAGGGCCUACAAGACAGCGCAAAUGUGGCUUUUGUAAGUCAAAUAGAGACAAGGAAUGUGGACAGUUACUAAUAUCUGAAAACCAGAAGGUGGCAGCACACCAUAAGUGCAUGCUCUUUUCAUCUGCUUUGGUAUCAUCCCACUCUGAUAACGAAAGUCUUGGUGGAUUUUCUAUUGAAGAUGUCCAAAAGGAAAUUAAAAGAGGCACGAAGCUGAUGUGUUCUUUGUGCCAUUGUCCUGGAGCAACAAUUGGUUGUGAUGUGAAAACAUGUCACAGGACAUACCACUACCACUGUGCAUUGCAUGAUAAAGCUCAAAUACGAGAGAAACCUUCUCAAGGAAUUUACAUGGUUUAUUGCCGGAAACACAAGAAAACUGCACAUAACUCUGAAGCUGAUUUAGAAGAAAGUUUUAAUGAGCAUGAACUGGAGCCCUCAUCACCUAAAAGUAAAAAGAAAAGCCGCAAAGGAAGGCCACGAAAAACUAAUUUUAAAGGGCUAUCAGAAGAUACCAGGUCCACAUCCUCCCAUGGAACAGAUGAAAUGGAAAGUAGUUCCUAUAGAGAUAGGUCUCCACACAGAAGCAGCCCUAGUGACACCAGGCCUAAAUGUGGAUUUUGUCACGUAGGGGAGGAGGAAAAUGAAGCAAGAGGAAAACUGCAUAUAUUUAAUGCCAAAAAGGCAGCUGCACAUUAUAAGUGCAUGUUAUUUUCUUCUGGCACAGUCCAGCUCACAACAACAUCAAGAGCAGAAUUUGGAGAUUUUGAUAUUAAAACUGUACUUCAGGAGAUUAAGCGAGGAAAGAGAAUGAAAUGUACACUUUGCAGUCAGCCCGGUGCUACUAUUGGAUGUGAAAUAAAAGCCUGUGUUAAGACUUACCAUUACCACUGUGGAGUACAAGACAAAGCUAAAUACAUUGAAAAUAUGUCACGAGGAAUUUACAAACUAUAUUGUAAAAAUCAUAGUGGAAAUGAUGAGAGAGAUGAAGAAGAUGAGGAACGAGAGAGUAAAAGCCGGGGAAAAUUAGAAAUUGAUCAGCAACAACUAACUCAGCAGCAACUUAAUGGAAACUAGGUUCAUGGGACAGAGUUAGAAAACUGGGAAUGAAUAAGACAUCCAUAACUACUAUUCUUUUUUCACUGUUUUCUAAAAUCAAAAAGGGUUUGUAACUUUUUACUGCCCGACUCUUAGAUCCUUCAUUGAACUGCCUAAAACGUCUUGUUUUAAGAGCCUUCUUCACUAGAUGGCAGAGUUUGACAUGUUGAUAUUACGUAGCUGUAGUUCGCAGUUUCUGGGAAGCAAUUGAAACACUAUUAACCCUGUGUGUAGUGUCAACAGUUAAAGCAGACAUUGAAAUGAAGUAAGCUAUAUUUCUGGACUGAACAAAGUUCUACUGUUUAAAGUAUCUAAAAGUUUGUUCAGUGGAUUCAUACUCAAGGGAAAGUGUAAGCAAAUUUCACUUAACAGUGCAAACACGCCUCUGGUGGCAACACAUGGGAAUUUGUGAAUUUUUUUUUUUCCACACUCAAGUAAUGGAGGCUAGAAAUGAAGAAAACUUUAUUUUUCCCUUGGCUUUGACAGCAAAUGCUAAAAUCUCUUCCAAGAAGUGUGCUAAAGCUUUUCACUUGGUUCCUGUUAAAGUUGUUCUCACUGACAAGCAUGGACUCGGGCAAGUGGUGGAUUAUAAGCUAUGAGCUCCAGUGCUUAUGCCAAAAUUCUCUUGACAGUAAACCUCUUCUCUUUUCAUGUCAUACAAAGAGCUUCUAGCAAAAUCAUUGGAUCCUUUCAAGUUUAAACUAACAUUUGGCAACUUCAAAUAGAUGUAAAGGGUUACCACUCUCUAAGGACUUUAGCCACCAUUCUGAAACCCGUUCCUCUGAAGCGCCGUGUUGUGUGGGACACUUCAUAUAUUGGCCCAAAGUAUGUAAGGAGGUCUCAUGUGCUCUAGGAGAAAAAAAAAAAAACAGUCUUCGCAUAAAACAGUAUUUAUUUUUAAUUUUGUGACCACUAUUUUAGAAACUUUAUUUAAUAUUUUUAAUGUUUUCAUUCAGUGCUUUGCUUAUCUAGUAAAUAGGCUUUUGUGCCCUACUUUUCCUCUGGUCGGGCUCGCUGUCUUAUUGAUCAUCAGAAUUGUUUCUCAAAGCCUGAGAACCCAGCUUUUUAGAAAGGAUUUUUACACUGGCAUUUCUAGCUAGUGAUAUUUUCUUCCACUUACCUGCUGAAGCACAUUUAUGUAUUUCUUUAUGGCAAAACCAAAAAACUUUAGUUGUGGUCUGCCUAUUACCAUAGCACCUCAUUUAUCAAGGGUAGGGGUUCUGGUUUCUGAAUUAUUAGUUGAUUAAAUUAAAGCAAAUCAGCAAACAAGAAAUAAUCAUGUUAACUUGACUGUGCAUCAAGAUAUUCAGCUUAUGGAAAAGCAUUUUUAAAAUGUAACAGGUGGAAAAUUACACUGUGCUUAAUGACUGAUUUUUUAACUGCUAGUCCCUAAAAGUCAUAUUUGUCAAGUGUGUAUUCACACAUGUACUUAAAUCAAGGGACUCGAUGAUUGUUUUAUUUUAACCAUCUUUUAUUAUUUUUAGAAGGAAACUAGCAUUACUAGUGGGUUGCCCUCCCUAUACGUUUUUCUCUUCUUGCUCUAAAUAUGCCAUUGGGUUUCUUUGUGUGUAUGUGAUGAAUUUUCAAAAUUCCCCGUGACUUGAAGUGCAACGACAGAUCUCGAUGUUUGUUUACCAAGCUAUGUGACUUUUCCCAAAGGAUCUGUACUUUAUUUCCGUACAACAGCCUGAAACCCGUUAUUUCAAAUCUUUGAAUCACUGUGUCUAGAUCAUUUUUACAUUAUGUGCCAUCAAUUUACCCAUGGAACUAUAAAGCACCUUCAUUUUUGGACAACUACUGUAUGAUGUUUUUAGGAAAAAUGGAAGGUGCCAAGGGUAAUAAUGGCCAGUCAAUGAUCACAUAAUGGACUUCAAAUACUUUAGCUGUCAGUUGAUGGAUUUGUCAUGUAAUAAAGUGUAUGAUUUUCUAUGGGUUUCUUCAACCCUUUCUCUGCCACUAGCAACCAGAAUAGCACUUUACCUUUUGGUUGGCUAGAUAAGUGGCUGGCUACCUAUUUUUCUCACUGUGGUGUGAUUGGCUAAAUAGUCUUUCAUUAAAAAUUGAAAUGUAAAUUAAAGUCACAUGAAAAAUCACCAUUGGUUGUAAACCUCCGGUAUUUUGAUUUUCUAAUCAUGUUUUCGUCAUAUGCUGAGUAAAAGUGCCUUACAAUGUAAAAAUUGUACAGUACUUAUGUUCCCAAGUAGCGUCACCAUCUUCUGGGUAGUAAUUACAUUGUGGUAUGAAUAUUUAGAAAAAUGGACCUCAGCAGUGUAUUUACUGUUCAUCUCUUAAGUCCUUAACUGUAGUUUUAAUAAGCAUGACAUUAUUUGAUAAGUAUAUAAUAUUUACAUCAUUUCAAAAAAAAUACUGCCAUGACUGUCUUUUACGCAUAUUUUAGCUUGAAAUUUUGAAGCAUCUUUUCUUUUUUCCUUUUUUUCCAUUUUUGUUUUGUUUUUGUUAUUGAUAUUAAACAGUGUAAUCAUUGCAAGCGUAUAUUGAAGAUUAUUCUGGAGCAUUUAUUGCCUUACCAGAAAUGUUAGUAAGAAAUGUUCUUUAGAGUAGAAAGAUAGACUUGAGUUUCUAUACUUUAAUAAGAGCUCUUUGUUCCUGGGGGAAGGGGAGUGGGAGGUGAAUUUUACUUUCAUCUCAAUUUAUUAAAAACCCACAACUGAAAGACAUUUUAUUUCAAAAAUCAGCAAUUUUAGAAUUUCAGAUAGUACUUACUCAGGAGUACAUGCUACUCAAGAUAUUAAGAGACUAACAAGAUAUGUAGAUCUACUGUUGAAUCAGAAUCUAUGUACUUGAACAAAUGUGUGAAUCUUAAAUAUCUCAAAGCAAAAGCAAAGUGUUCUAGAAUGUUGUUGCUUUUUUAAAAAGCGCUAAAGUUUGACCAAGGUAUACAGUUUUGUUCUAACAGACAUUUAGGUUAAUUGUAAAGAUAAGGAAUGCAUUAUGAGUCAAAAUCAAACAUUCCUCUCAUGUUAUGUAUAUUUUGUUCCUGUUAUAUUGGCUUUAUUUUCAAAAUUGUAGUUUGUAGUAUUAGUUUCCUUUUAUUGGUAUUCUUGCAUAUACUAUUCAUUCAAUAAAUGAGUUAUGACUUUCA